CCACCCCCUGGAUGACCCUCAAAAGCAGACUGCUGAAGCCUAACUGCUUCUUCUUACUUGUGGGACUCAAGGGAACCAGCAGGUAGACAGCGACCACUAAAGCGCAAGCAUGUCCGACCUCGAGUAUUUAACUGGAUUUGGCAAUGAAUUCGCCUCUGAAGAUCCACGAUGCCCUGGUGCACUACCAGAAGGACAGAACAAUCCCCAAGUCUGCCCCUACGGCCUAUAUGCAGAACAACUAUCUGGAUCUGCUUUUACAUGUCCCCGGCAGACUAAUAAGCGAAGCUGGCUCUACCGAAUCCUGCCUUCAGUUUGCCACAAGCCGUUUGCCCCCAUGGAGCAAGGCUAUUUAACACAUAACUGGGAUGAAGUUGAGCCUGAGCCUAAUCAGCUCCGAUGGAAGCCAUUCAUAGUUCCUAAGUCAAGUGAAAAGAAAGUCGACUUUGUCAUGGGUUUGCAUACCCUGUGUGGUGCUGGCGAUGUUAGAUCUCACAAUGGCAUUGCUGUCCAUAUUUAUGCCUGCAACAUCUCCAUGACUGACAAAUGCUUUUACAAUGCAGAUGGUGAUUUUCUUAUUGUACCACAGCUUGGAAAACUACUCAUUACAACAGAAUUUGGGAAGAUGAUGGUGGAACCAAAUGAAAUCUGUGUGAUUCAGCAAGGAAUGUGUUUCAAGGUUGAUGUAUUUGGCGAGACCAGAGGGUACAUCCUGGAGGUGUUUGGAGCCCAUUUUGAACUACCCGAUCUUGGACCAAUUGGUGCCAACGGCUUGGCCAAUCCCAGAGACUUCCUGGUUCCUGUUGCAUGUUAUGAAGAUUACAAGGCUCCCAGUGGAUAUACAGUUGUGAACAAAUACCAGGGAAAGCUGUUUGUAGCUCAGCAGGGUUUCUCUCCAUUCAAUGUGGUCGCCUGGCAUGGAAAUUAUACCCCCUACAAAUACAACCUAAAGAAUUUCAUGGUGAUAAACUGUGUUGCUUUUGACCAUGCAGACCCAUCAAUCUUUACUGUGGUGACGGCAAAGUCAACACGACCUGGAGUGGCCAUUGCAGAUUUUGUUAUCUUCCCUCCCCGCUGGGGAGUGGCAAACCACACAUUCAGACCACCCUACUAUCACAGGAACUGCAUGAGUGAAUUUAUGGGCUUGAUUAAAGGCCAUUAUGAGGCUAAAGAACAAGGGUUUCAACCAGGAGGAGGCAGUCUCCAUAGCAUCAUGACACCACAUGGACCAGAUGCAGACUGUUUCGAGAAGGCAAGCACAGCAGACCUACAGCCAGAGCGAGUUGCUGACGGGACCAUGGCAUUUAUGUUUGAGUCAUCAUUCAGCAUGGCAGUGACAAAAUGGGGCUUAGAGACCUGCAAUCGAUUGGAUAAAAAUUACCAAAACUGCUGGGAACCACUGAAAAGUCAUUUUAAUCCCAACUGGAAGAGUAGCGCCAAAUAAUCUAAGAUGGGUAGCCUCCUCUUUAGUCUGACACAGUAAUCUUUACAAAUAAUUAACUCUACUAAGAUACUUAGAGCAUCCUGCAUUGUUGCCUGCUUAGUUAUAACAUGUAAAUAAAAUAAUCUUGUAAACUCUUCUGAAACCCUA